CAUCUGAAUAUCAGUAUGUGUCAGAACUUCAGUAUGAAAGUCUUCCGUCCUUUGGUCUGUUUCAUCUUUCUUGCAGCACUGCAGGAUGCAGGAUACUCUGGUUUUGUCAGUGCAGAAACUCCCAUCUAUACAGAAAUGGAGGGCAAAAGCAUCACAGCUGAAUGCACAUUUUCUUUAACUGGAAGAAGGAGACUCUUCUGUACGGGAAAAUGUGAAGAAGGAAACAUUCUCAUUGAAACAACUGAUGACACAGCGCAGAAUGGCAGAUACAGAAUUAAAUAUAAAGCAGGAUUUUAUCCAGUACAAAAGACAGUUCUGAAUGUGAGCAUCACACAGCUGAGAAGAUCUGACUCUGGAAUGUACAGAUGCUCUUUGGACAGAAUUUUGGGAGUGGAUUCAAACAAAGAAUUUGAGAUUGUUGUCACAGACGCUUCAGUGACCUCAAAACCAAAGUCUACUGUGCAACCUUCGUCAGUUUCAACAUUUUUCUCGUCAGCCUCCAUGACAACAGCAACAGUGACAACAUCAGCAAAGACCCCAACAUCACAGAGUUUAAAUUCCAUUUCAGGAAGCACCACACCUUCACCAGCCUCCUCUUCAACCUCCAAACAGACUCAGACACCUCUUCCAAAUUUAGUUACUGUAGGUACUCUGCCUGUGGUGGCUCUGAUUCUGAUCACUGUCUUAUCAGUGGCUUUGCUGAUUUUCUGCAAGAAGAGGAGGGCCAGUAAAGCUAAAGGGCCUCCUGUGGAAACAGACCCUCCUGACAUUACAACAGCCAGUCAGCUGUAUGAAGAGAUCAGAGAGGGGGACAGAUUGAGCAAUUUACCUCCUGAGGGAGUAUUUUCAAUUUACACCACUGCCAAAUGCCCCCAAGGAAACAGAGUUGAAAGCACAGAUGACUACAGCCUUGUCACCUGUCCUCAGAACAAAAGUGAAGAGAACUUGAGUAAGAUUGCUGCCACCAACGGCGCCCCCUGUGGUCAUGCACAUGUUUUGUACUCUGCGUCUUGUGUACAUUUCAGCACAGCCAACCACACCAAAGAUGCCUCACCUCCUCUGUAUUCUACUGUUGGAAACCAUCAGUAGUAAUGUUAUUAAAGGCUUAUUGCUAUGAUAGUUGUAGUUUGUUCAGACCAACUGGUAAUACAAACUUUCUUCCAUUAAUCAUACCAUUGUGAUUUUUAUGAGUCAGGGAAACAAGCAACUGCUGAAAUAAUGCAUUUUAUGGUGGAUCAACGGGCAUAACUGAUUUGUAGCAACCUGAUCAUAGUCCAUUGAAUAGUCCACCAAUGUAUUUAGCUAGGAGUUUAGAGAAAGUUAGCCUCUAAACUAGCCCCUGUGUUCACAGAUGAAUAUGUAGGGUGACUCGGACAGCUGUCAAGUAUCCUUGAUCAUAUCGAUAACUACUUAGUAGUUCACACAAUGAUGAUUGACUCAAGUUCUGUGCUUAAUAGUGCUCACAAUUAUCAAAUAAUGAUUAUCAAAUAACAAGAAAAACAGUAAAAUUAUAAAUAACAUUUCCAGUGAAGUUUAUAUUAAAGCCUGUUUUCUACAUAAUCUUUGAGAAUUUUUUUGUUCGACAUUUUUUUUCUUGGGCUAUUACUUGAAAUUGCUACUUGUAUACAAAUUCAGUUCAAUUCAUCUUAAUGUCAUCUCCUGCACAUCGUAUGUAAGCUGUUAUUGCAAAGCAAAACAGCCGAUUUCAGUUUGCAAAAUGUAAAUAUGCAGAUUAAGGCACAAUUUAAGUUUUUUGUUUAUGAUGGAACUGCAGUCCUUACAGGCAAUAAAUAAAUAAUAGGCGGGAUUAGUUGUUCUCU